AUGUUUAAAUUUACCGAUAUUACAACGUUACGUAACGAGGAUGAGUCCAAGGACAGCAGCAACACAAGAAUUCAGGAAAUCAUCACUAAGAAUGGAGCAACUAAGUUUUUAGGACACUUCAGCAAUGUAGUAACCACUCAUCUAAUCACUUCAGCAACUACUCCAACCGGCAUUAUUGACCCACUGAUUGCGGCAGCAAAAUCAAUGGAACAAGUAUUGAAACUACUGAAAUGUGACGAUAACAACUAUGAGAGCUUACAUGAAACAAUGGAAGAAAUCACUGAAUUAAUAAAAAAUGACCCAUUGUUGAGCCUAAUGUUAUACCAUCAAAAAGACAUCACAAUGGCAGACAUUGAUGAAAAAGUUAAAGAAAUCUUCAAUGAAAGGUUUUUGAUCAUCAACAAUCAGAAAUUGGCUAUGCAAAUCCAUUCUACAAUUAGAAUAACAUAUUGUGACAAAACUGAUUGGAGAACAUUAGCAACAGCAAUUAAUGAACUCGAUAAACGGAUGGCUACACACACGGACCAACUAUACAUAACCAAACUGAGAAUGAUAAAGAAUAUCCACGAAAAAAUCCUGAAAUUCGAUGGAAUCGAUACCAAGCAAGCAAAAGAAAUUAAAACAGAGCUUACUCAAUUUGAACGAAAGUACAAAAAUGAAACAAGUACUGUCGACCAUUGUUACUACUUAUUGUGUUUACAAUAUACAAGUGAAGCAGCUAGGGAAGCACAAAUAUGGAUUAUGAAUGAAAAAGAGCAAGCCAAAUCCGAAUUUAAAUGGAAGGAAAUCCACGCUAAAUUCACGGAAAAAUUUCUUCCGGAAUUGAUUAACGGGACAUUUGGAAAACGAGACACAAGCCUGACAACCAUUUACAACAGGUGA